GCUGUGCUGGCCGCACUUCCUGGUGCUCGCCAAACACAGCAGGAGCAGAAGUGAAACGGCCGGACAGUUGCGAGCUCGGCUCCCAGGGAACAAAGUUUGUACGUCGCGGACAGGAGACACGAAGUGGCCUAAAAUGUGCUUCAGGUAGCCGGGAAACAGAGCUCCAGAGCGGCCGGCCGCAGCGUCCAGGCGCCGUCGCUUUAGACUGAAAGCCAGAGCCGGCGAGAAGGCGAGCGGGGUCGCGAUGCUGUAGUCAUGGACAGCAGGAUACGUGAGAACCCAGAGAGAACAUUUGAUUUGGUUCUACAGGUGGCAUGUCCAGCGUCUGAAAAUGAAGAUCCGACAGUGCUGUGGAAGUUCCCCCAGGACUUCGGAGACCAGGAGGUCCUACAAACUGUGCCCAAGUUCUGUUUCCCCUUUGACGUGGAAAGAGUGUCCCAGAAUCAGGUGGGCCAGAACUUCACGUUCGUUCUCACCGACAUCGACAGCAAGCAGAGGUUCGGCUUCUGCCGCCUGACCUCCGGCUGCAAGGUGUGCAUCUGUUUGCUCAGCUAUCUCCCGUGGUUUGAGAUUUACUACAAGCUGCUAAAUACCCUCGCAGACUACUUAACAAAACACCAGGAAAACGAUCUGAACGACAUGCUGGAAACCCUGCACGCUCUGGCCGUGCCCAAGCCCAACACGCCGGUGAAUCUGAGUGUGAACAAGUGUUUGCAUAUUGCCAGUGGGCAAGUUGUGAACGAUCCAGGAAGCCAAAAGCCGCAUUCAUACUUCAUAGCCCCAGAUAUUAAUGGACUCCCCACCAUACCUGAAAGUAGAAAUCUGACAGAGUACUUUGUGGCGGUGGACGUGAAUAACAUGCUGCAACUUUAUGCCAGCAUGCUGCAUGAGCGUCGCAUCAUCAUUACCUCGAGCAAGCUUAGCACUUUAACUGCAUGUGUGCAUGGGUCCGCCGCCAUGCUCUACCCUAUGCACUGGCAACACAUCUACAUCCCUGUACUUCCCCCACACCUGCUGGACUACUGCUGUGCGCCCAUGCCAUAUCUGAUUGGAGUUCAUCUGAGCCUGUUAGAGAGAGUAAAGAACAAGUCCCUUGAAGACGUGGUCAUUCUGAAUGUGGACACAAACACACUGGAGAGCCCCACAGAUGACCUGCACAACCUGCCCAGCGAUGUGGUUUCCAGUCUAAAGAGUAAGCUGAAGAAGCAGUCGACUGCUACGGGCAGCGGAGUGGCUCGGGCCUUUCUGCGCUCACAGGCCGCUCUGUUCGGCUCCUAUAGAGACGCUCUGAGAUACAAGCCUGGAGAGCCAAUCACCUUCUGCGAGGAGAGCUUUGUGGCACACCGCUCCAGCACCAUGAGGAAUUUCCUCGAGAUGGCCGUGAACCUGCAGCUCUUCAAGCAGUUCAUUGAUGGCAGACUGGCCAAAUUAAAUGCAGGAAGAGGUUUCACAGACGUCUUUGAGGAGGAGAUCACAGAGGGGGGCUUCUGUGGAAGUAAUUCAAGGUCCUAUCAACAGUGGAUGCACACGGUGAAGAGAGGAGUGAAUAAAGCCAGUCCAGCAGUGAAAUCAGCAUACAAGAUUGCCAAAGUUCAUGCAAAAAAAGGCCUGCGGGGUGUGAAGGACAAGAUUAGACAGAAGGACACUGAAGACGUGUAUGGUCCAUACUGUGCAGGUUCUCCCACCAGCACUAAAAGCCUCUCACCCAAGAGGCUUCAGAAGCGAAGGACUUUGAAUCUAAUUGAGCGUUUGAAAUCUCAAAGCCAUCAUGAUCAGGCUCAAAAGUCACCCGUGCUUGCUGGCUUUAAUGACUAUUUCAUUGAUGGAGAAGACGAACAGGACACAGCCAGCAAGAUCUCCUCGGAGGACAGUGGGGAGGUGCCGUCCUACACAGAGGACAGUGAUGACUCAGAGUUGGAACGCGAGGCAGGACGGACAGGGCAGAUGAAUUUGCUGGAGGAGAUCCUGGACUCUUUGAGCACCACCAGUAUAGAACAGGGCAAACUCUCUGCUGCCAAGAGCCUUGACUUCUUCAGGUCACUGGAGGACCUCGAUUGCGAUUCCACGAACAAAUCCAGAUCUUCAAGUGGGAGCAGUCCGGCUCAGGCUGGCUCAGUAGGUGGAGUGGGCAGUGGAGAUCAGAGUGGCUGGAACAUGGGGCAGGAUGACAGCGCUCUCCAUGGCAAGCAUCUUCCCCCUUCACCCCGGCGCCAGUGCAGCACCAGGUCCCUACCCGUUCCCUUGCCCAAAGCCUCCAAGGACCCUCCUGACACAGGCCUCCCGCAGCCUUCGGCCAGGAAUUCUCUCCAAGAGGAACCUUUCCAGCCUGAAAAGGGCAAACCUCCUGUCGCUGACGCUCCUGCCCACCUAGAGCCCCUCUCAGACCAGCAGCUGAGCCCGGAUGACCAGCAGCUGAGCCCGGAUGACCAGCAGCCAGCGGCCUCCUGCACCCUCCGGAGGAAGGUCCUGUCCAAACAGACACUGAGGCAAUACCAGGAGCGGCAAGGUGGGGCUGGAGCCGUGGUGCAGGGCGGCAGGCAGCCCUCAAUCCUCGUGCCCUGGGAGAAGGGGCGACAGGGCCAUGGAGGACAAAUAGAGGAAGAAGGGGUGCAGGAGAAAGGCUUGCUAGAGGAGAUAGAGUCCAUGUGUCUCCUCAGGACAGCCUCGACUCAGCUCAAGCAAGUUCAUAACAACACCGGCCUGAACAAAAGCUGAGAAUGCAAGCAUCCUCUAAGCAUGUUCAUCCUCCCAUCCUUCGCUUCUUACAUAUGCCACCUUCUUCUCCUUCUGCGUCUGAGGUACUGAGGAUAAUAGUGCUUUGAUUUCUUAAGUGUGUUUCAUGGUUUGAAGUUCUUGUGAACAGUAGAUCUACAUAUUUCUCAUGUUUGAACUCAUGUAUGAACAUUUGAAAGGCGUGUAGAAACGGGCAUGUUGCGAAGACAAAUGAACGGUGAAGAGUGCUGUAAUGGAUGAAAAGGGACGGCGUUCCACCUUUUUUCUCCUGUCUCACAGUUAAUAUAUAUAUACAAUAUUUUAUAUAUAUAUAUAUAUAGUAGAUACGUCCCAGUUCCAAUAUACUUUGCAAAGACAUUAAUCACUGUAACUCUAAAUUACUGUGUUUGGAAAACAAAGUUCUAUCCAGAUUAAUGUAUUUUUGAAAAGAAAAAAAAGACAGAGAGAAUUUUAGCUAAACAAGAUGCCUUAAACUGAGUUCUGAUUUGCUUCUGGCACUACGUAGUGUUAUCAGACGUUCACUCUGGAAUCUACACAUGAAUGCUACCUUCGGUCGUCUGUAGCUGUAGGUUAAUCGUAUUCCUCCAUGGCGUGUUCUUUGGAGGUGUGUGUGUGUGUAGCUUGGAGAAAAGCCGGCUAUUUACUUCACAUUUUCUGUGAUUAAUGAAACUUUUGUUUUUAGAGGCAUGUUUCUUUUCCAAGACUAUUCUCAGGUCGCUUCAGGUAGUAUUUAUAUGUCGACUCCGGCCUUGCCGUACGGUAGACUGUCAGUAUACAAACUGACCCUUGACCCUAGAGUGGUAUGUGAACAUAUAGAUAGUUAACACUGAAUGAUUCUAGUUUACUCUCUUAACGGUAUGUUUGUCGCACAGCCUUAACAUGUACAGUGGAGGCCAGUACACAGCACCUUGAAUAAUAUUUUGCCUGUUUCAGAUGCAUGACCCCUGCUGUGCUGUACCAGAGCAGUGCAAAAAUUAUCGACUAAUCACACCCAAAGUCCAGAAACCGCCCAGAGCUGAGCAAUAGAUUUCUUAACGAUAGUUUAAAUACUGAGUGACACAUUGAGCUUUCAGGGAAAUGUCUUUUAUUUCAAAGUAUGCCUGGCUUCUUCGGAGAGAUUUGAGCUUUUUGUAUUCACUUCGGUCACCUUUGGCUAUUUACUCCAAAGCCAUAUUGGAGCAAACGAGUAGAAGUGUCAGUUUUGCAGGCACUUGUUUCAUUUGAGCAGAUUAAGUAUUUAGGCUCUUAGGCUUAGUGAUUUACGCCACAUGCCAUUCUGUCAGACACUUUAACAGCCGACCUCACCCCCUCCUGCGCACUGCUUUGUGGUAACGAUGUGCUUGUAAAAGCAUUCCAUGAUUUUUUUUUUUUCCUCCUUUUAAAAACCUCGCCUCAAAUCUGUAUUUCAGUUUUUAUUUAGCCUGUUCACUCUUGCUCUAAAAGUCUGAGGCUGUCACGAACAUAUAUGCAGGCUUUUCCAAGGCUUUCCUAUUCUUUGGAAAAUUGAAAGGCCCUAAAAUAGAACCCUGAUGAACUAUGCAAAUUCAUUUUUCGGGUUCUAAUAGAUAUUAAAGUUUUCAGCCCUUUGCAAUAAGAUGUCAUUAUAUGAGUCUCCCACAAAGUCGUAUGUGGUAAAUAUAACAAAAAAUAACAAAAAAUCUCAGUUGUAUCAUAAAGAUAAUCAGUUUUACUCUGAACUGCUGCUGAAGUGGAGUUUAGGAAAAUCUAUGAAGAUUCAGAGGUACUGGUACUGAAUUUCAAAGGUCAAAGAGCAUUUGCUAAAAAUGAAUGUGCCAUCCAUUAGCAAAUUAGCAUAGUUCUGUUUAUUAGCACUAUGCUAAUUUCAUUCAUUAUUAAUCACACUAGUAUUUCUGAACAAUUUAUAACCUUAAUUAUUAUGUAGCCAUUUAUGGAUAUAUUUGGUACAAAAUUAGGUUUGCCCUUUUAUCUUUGCUAUGUAUUAUAUAACCUUUGUCUUUGCUAAGCUUGAUAGAAACGUCGGUACAGGCUAAAUUUUAUGCAUUUUUGUUUUUAAUAGAAAGUCUUGCACUAGGUUUCAAUUUCCAAUUCCUCUUCAAACUCAUUAAAAUAACAGCAGCAUCAGCAGCAGCUUUGACUUCUAGUCUGAAUGUUAGGGUGUGCCUUAAAUGAAUAAGCGAUUGAUACUCAAGGACGGUUCAGAGUAGGUUCAUUAUUCCUUUCUUUCUUUUUCACAGUUUGCCUGAUUGUACAGUCUUUGUUUUCAUGCACGCUGCACAUAAUCUCUGUGUUAUAUAGAUUCCCCUUAAAAAAGCUUUAAAAAGAUGUAUAGCUGAACAUCAUCAUGUUAAUUGAAUUAUUCGGUUUUACAUACAACUUGUGGAUAAAAGUUAAAUGUUUAAAUGUUUUGGAUGUCACUCGGAGGGCCUGUUCGAUCAAAUGAGCACAGGAAAUCUCAGUGGAAUAGCUGGGACUGUCUCAGUGUAGCUUUGUCAGUAUUAUGCAUUUAAAAGCUGCAUCUAAACUAGCAUUUAAGUAAUACAUUUUAGUAAUACAUAAUACAGCAAAAUACAUUUAAGUAUUUGUCUUUAUUUUCAUUUCACAAAAUUUGUUUGGAAGAGGUAUAUUUAUCAAGCAUUUCGGAUUAGAACACUGAUUUAAGGUCUGUUCAUGUGGUUCUUUUGAGCUAUAUAAAAGGCAUAAGAUGAUCUCAGAUCAGCAUUUUUACUGUUUGAUAAACAUGUGCUUGAAAUAGUCGUAUGCAAAGGUUUGGGCAGUCCUGCUCUAAUGACGUUUGGUUAAUUUUAAGUGGUUAAAAAAAUUCCUCUGCUGUUUUUAUUGCCUGAAAAACAGUAACACUUUAUUUGGAUGGUCUACUGUAGCUGUUUUGUAGACUAAAUGUCAGUUAAAUGCUACUAAACUUGAGGUUGGGUGUGAAAGGUUCUAUUAAAUCUGUCUCUAACCCUAAACCUAACUGUAACCUUAACCUCAAGGCAAAACCUACACCUGCUCCUAAACCUAAACCUAACCCUAACCUUAAUGUUGUUGAUAAUCAGCUAUCACCAGAAAGUUUGUUAAUGAUAUAAGUAUCCGUAGAUCAUCUUUAGAGGACCAUCCAAAUAAAGUGUGACCAAAAACAAAGUGUGCAAAAAUUACAGUACAUUUUAUUUUUUGUUUUAUUUUUCCCAGUUGGAUAAUUUCGUCAAAUAAAUGUACACUGUGCACUUAAAUAUGCAGAAAGUGACAUAUUUAAGUGUGUUCCCUGUAGAGGAUGUGUUUUCCCCCUCCUCCCCUCUGUACUUUGCCCUUUUUCAUCAGUGACGAUAUAUUUUGUACUUUUUCAGGCUUACGUUGCAGUCUUAGUGCUGUCGAUCCAGUUUACUUCAUCACUCUGUUACUUGUUCAGUACAUUUAAAGUGAUUUAUGAAAUCUUAAACUUUGUUAGGUACAAAUGUGGCUACUUUUCUUUUCAGACCACAUAAUUUCCAAGUUAGCAUAAAUAAAUAAUGUUAAAUGGUUAUUAUUUCUUUCUAUUAUUGCAUUUGUUGGCAUUCUAAAAACACUACUAGGCAGCAAAGACAUUUUGCAAGAAAACAGCAAGUUCUGAAAUUUAGUGGGAAAUACUUGAUCUGUAGUAGAAGCUGUUCUGAAAAGUCGUCUGAAGUCUUCGUCUCCUGUUUACAGAUGAUUCCUCUUGUUGAGCAGCCCUGGCUCUUAAAUUGAAAGCUUACUACUGUGCUUACUUCCACCAUACUUAAGGUUCUUACAAAGUGCAUGAUGAAAGAUAUAUACGUUUAAAAGGACAAAUAAACAUGUCAGAUUUCUUUUUUGUCAGUAUGUUCAUGCAUGAUCUUUUUUUUUUUUAUAAUUUUUGCUUAAUUAAUUUUUUUUUUAAUUCUCUGAUUUUACUGUGCAGUUAUUUGACAUUAUAUAUUGUAGUGGAACUACUGUUGUUUUCUAGAAUGUGCUUUUUACUACGAGUCAAAAUUCUGCUUGUCAAAGAUAAACUAUGUACACAUUUGUAUGAUUUUGAGCAUUGCUGUAAGAUGUCCUCACCAGAAAAAACAAAAAUCAGCUUCUGUGCAUGUGACCCACACUCCAUACAGUCUUUUAGAGGAAUUAUAGGCUUAAAGAAAUAAUCAGAAUAUCAUUUCGACACCACCAUGUCAAAGUUUGGACAGAUUCUCCUGUAAUGAUAAUAUAUACCCAAAAUGGCCUUUUGCUUCAGUGCCUACAUGCGCAGCCCCACAUACUUCAGCUGAGCUCUCUUGAGUGGCUGUAAGGGCUGUAUUGAGUGUGAGUGCAAUAAAUAAUGCUCAAAAUCUUACAUAUUAUAGCUUUAAACGACAAAUGAUCCUGUCUCCAGCAUACAAUCCCUAAUCAGAUCUAUUCAAACAUUCUCCUCCUGCAGUGACAAUCAAUCGCUGCCCUGUAAUGACACACAAAGAUAAAAAUACAAAGAUGUCACAAAGGAAUGUGCUUUGAUCCGUCAGGUGCUGUGGUGAUCAGAGUAUAUGCAUUUCAGUUGUGGUCUUAAGUGGUAAAAACUCUGUCCAAGUGCAGUUGCAUGCCCUCUAUUCAAACGUAAUAGUGUUCAAGGACAGUAAAGGUCAAUCUAAUGUGUUGUUUCAGGAACUACUGGUACAACUGUAUGCACUGUGAACUGAGAAUAAAUUAUAUAGAUGUUUAUGCAACUUUCA